AUGGUAUCAAAUGAUCUAUCUAUACAGGACACAAGCAAUGACAACAUUAUCAACAAUACUACAACUACAUUCACAUUGAUCGAUACAUUCAAUCAACCUAUUGUUCAUGACACACUUCCAUCCACCUUACUCAAACUUACAUUUGGAAAGCAGUUCAAUCAACCUUUGACCGAGGGAUGUCUGCCGCCAUCAAUCACCAGUCUAAAGUUUGGAUAUAACUUCAAUCAACCAAUCACAGCUGGUUGCUUGCCUCCAUCACUUUUAACUCUCAAGUUUGUCAGCGACUUUAACCAACCAAUCAUGCCAAGUACCCUGCCCGAAUCACUUACCAAACUAAAGUUUGGAUAUCACUUCAACCAACCAUUGCCCAUUGGUGCAUUGCCAGCUUCGAUACAAACAUUGGCAUUCAGUAAUGAUCAUGCUCAAGACAUUAUUCCUGGUUCAUUGCCCUCCUCACUCACAUGCCUGACCUUUGGUUACUAUUACAAUCAGCCUAUCAGACAUGGUGCUCUACCACUGUCUCUCAUGUCACUACGAUUCAUCUACAACUACAAUCAAGUGUUUAUGCCUGGUACGUUGCCGCCGUCACUCACCUCCUUGACGCUGGGGCGUCGAUAUCAAGCAUCCUUCAUGACUGGAGCAUUGCCAGCAUCACUAGAGACGUUGACCUUCAUUUGUAAUCCAUUCAGUAUACUUGAGUGCGGAAGACUACCACUUCAAUCACAACUUCAAUCGUUGGCUAUUCAAGUUUGGUAUUAUGACAAGACACAUACAUUCAAUGAUAAGGCACGAUUGUUAUUGAUGUCAUUGGUUCAGAAGGUGCCCACAGUCAACACGUACCGUCUCAGCUAUUGGAUCAGUGGAAGACGGUUGCCCUUCCUGGACAUUCAUCUACGUCGUUACGACUCUUCCAGUGCAAUAUGUGUCUCUCAAUUCAACAACAUUGAAGAACAAUCCACAACAAUCUCACUUCAUUGGUUCGAACUACCAACACCAUUACCAGAGCCAGUCAAACCAAUCGUCGCCAUAACACCAAUGCCAGAGAUGGAUGAAGAUACAUUCAGACGAAUAUUUGAUUGA